AUGUUGCGAUUAUCGCUCCGGUCAGCGCGUGUGCUUGGCAGACAGCCCGUUGCGGCUGCUGCCCAGCGCCAAUGGCCUGUUGCGACCUCGCACCGAGCCAACCUGUUGCUUCAGAGAGGGUUUGCCGACCAAAAGAAGGCCGAAGACGCGAAAGCCGCUGCUCAGAACCCCCCUCCUUCGACAAUCGAUGAUGUUGGAGAGUCCAAGGCCAAAGAGAUUCCAACCCCAGCACCACCUGUUACCCCUCCACGCAAGAAGAAGGGCUUCUUCAGGCGACUUCGAAACCUCACCUUGAACCUGAUUUUGCUGAGUGCUCUCACUUUUGGUGGGGGUGUUUGGUACUCUCGGAUCAACGACACCUUCCACGAUUACUUUACCGAAUAUGUACCAUACGGAGAGCAGGCUGUUUUGUAUCUGGAGGAAUUAGAAUACAAGAAGCGCUUUCCUAAUGCCGCAAGUCGCAUCGGCAAACCCCGAGACGGCAGCGAGCAGGUUACAAUCCCAGCCCAGAGCGGUGCCUCUUGGAGGGUUGCCGAUGCUGCUGACUCAAGCAGACGAUCUGGCACUGGCUCAGCUCCCACAAAGAAGGAGAGCCAACCUGCCAAACCCAAGGCUGCCACGAAGGCUCCCGAGCCUACAGCUAAGCCCGCCGAACCCGUCACUGUCAAGUCCGAGGAGAAGAAGCAACCAGGCUUCAAGGAGCCGGAGGUUAACGAGCCUUCAAGAUUCCCACCCCUGAAGCCCAUUGAUCUUCUCUCCCUGGCCGAUGCCAAGGAGCCAGUUGUUCAAGAACUCGUCCACAUGCUCAAUGAUCUCAUUACCGUAAUCAACGCAGAUGGUGCCCAUGGAAAGUACGGAUCUUCAAUCGACAAGGCCAAGUCACAAGUGAAGAAGGUCGGAGGCCAGCUCAAGGCUAUCAAGGCCAAGGUUGAGCAGGAGUCCGCCGAUGAGGUUCGCGCCAAGGUUGCCGAAUUCGACAAGGCUGCCACCGAGCUUGUUGGUCGUGUCGAGAAGGCUAUGAUCGGCCAAGAGCUGCAAUGGCGCAAGGAGUUCGAAGAGGAGAUGGAGAAGGUCCGAGGAAGCUAUGAUGCCCGCGUCAAUCUUCUGCUAGAGCGUGAGAAGAAGCUCAAUGAAGCCAAGUUGGAGAACCAACUUCUUGAGCAGGCCAUUGCCCUCAAGAAGGAAUUCACCACUGAGGUCCAAAACCGCGUUGAGCAAGAGCGAGAGAGCCGCUUGGGUCAACUGGAUGCCCUCUCCGCUGCUGUGACCGACCUGGAGCAGCUGACUACGGGAUGGAACUCAGUGGUCGACUCCAACCUCCAGACACAGCAGCUUCAUGUCGCUGUCGAGGCUGUCCGCGCCAAUCUUGAGACCGCUACUCAGCCCCAGCCCUUCAUCAAGGAGCUUGUUGCGCUCAAGGAGAUUGCCGCCGACGAUGCAGUUGUCAACGCGGCUAUCGCCUCGUUGAACCCGGCUGCGUACCAACGUGGACUCUUCACAACUCCUCAGCUGAUUGACAGAUUCCGCCGGGUCGCCAGUGAGGUUCGCAAGGCAUCACUCCUCCCCGACAACGCUGGUGUUGCUAGCCACGCUUCCAGCUGGGUUCUCAGCCACGUUAUGUUCAAGAAGCAGGGUCUUCCAGAGGGCAAUGACGUGGAGAGCAUCCUGACAAGAACACAGAUCUUCUUGGAGGAGGGCGAUCUGGACGCCGCUGCUCGCGAGGUGAAUGGCUUGGAGGGAUGGGCCAAGACCCUUAGCAAGGACUGGCUGGGCGAAGUGCGUAAGGUAUUGGAGGUCCAGCAAGCGCUUGACGUCAUAGCUACCGAAGCUCGGCUACAGAGCUUGAGGGUGGAGUAA